AUGUCUAAAGGGCUCGGUCUGCGACGUCCGCAGCCCGGAGCGCUAUGGCGUUUCGGGUCUACAGCGGUGAUGGGGCUUACAGUCAUGCUCUGCAAGGGAUUUAUAUACGGGUUGAACCGGGCGCACACGGAGGGAUACGAGGAUUUCGUGAAGAUCUUGGAGAAGAGGAAGAGAGAAGGGAGGAAGAGGGGGCUUAUUACUGCCUGUAAUCAUAUCUCGGUCUUGGAUGAUCCUUUAAUAUGGGGUAUUCUCCCUCUUCGCUACGCCUUUGAUCCAUGGAACCUCCGCUGGAGCCUCGGCGCCCAAGACAUCUGCUUCAAGAACAACGCAUCCGCAACAUUCUUCAGCCUCGGCCAAGUCCUCCCAACCCACCGCCUCAAACACUCCCCCAAAGGCGGAAUCUACCAACCCACCAUAACAGAAGCAAUCCACCUCCUCUCCAACGCCCCUUCAUCCCCUGCUCCAUCCCCUUCCUCCUCAUCCUCCACCCCUCCCCCCUACCCGCACCCUCACCUCUCCUGGGUCCACAUCUUCCCCGAAGGCUGCGUCCACCAACAUCCCACCUCCUCCCUCCGCUACUUCAAAUGGGGUAUCUCGCGACUCAUCCUCGAAUCCGAUCCAACCCCGGACUUCGUCCCCAUGUUCAUAGACGGCACCCAGCGCCUCAUGCCCGAGGAUAGGAAAUUCCCCCGCUUCUUGCCCCGCGUGGGGAAGGACUUGCGCAUCGCUUUUGGCGAACAGGUCGACGUCCGCGAUGUCUUUGGCGAGUUGGUUGACAGGUGGAGGAGGAUACGGCAUCUAGUGGAACCGCCGGCUGCUCCCACCGAUAGCGGGGAUAUCAUCAGUCCGUUGGGUCCUCCGCCAAAUGUCGAUGCUGAUGUGUGGAGGGAAGCUGUUGAGGUGAGGAUAGAGACGGCGAGGAGGGUUAGGGUCGAGGUUAUGAAGUUGAGGAGGAGCUUGGGAUAUCCUGAUGAUGACGAGGCGCUGGGGUUGGCUGAGACGUGGAAGAAGGAAAAGGAGGAGAGUCCCAGGACGAGCACGCUUGGGGAGGACCAUGUUUCGAGUAAACGGUGA